AUGUUUCGCCUCCGACAUAUGACUCACAGCAAGAGUAUGGUGAGAAUGCCUCUUACUACCAGCAAGAUCUCCCAGUUGGAGAGUCAAGUGCUCGUCAGAGUCCUGAGCAAACAGAUGGCGAAAAAGGUCUCUGGACCUACUGUUGCGGGCGGUGCUGCUGGAGGCCAUGCAUCCCAUCAGAUGGGCGGUGGAAAGCUAGCCACUGCAGGAGAUGCACUUCUAGGAGCUGUCGGUAUGAAUAUGGCAACUCAUCAGCUGUAUGUGAAGACCUUGAAACUAUCCAAUCACCAUGAAAAUGAAGGCUGA